AUGAUGGGCUCCGUGCUCCCGGCUGAGGCCCUGGUGCUCAAGACCGGGCUGAAGGCGCCGGGGCUGGCGCUGGCCGAGGUCAUCACCUCCGACAUCCUGCACAGCUUCCUGUACGGCCGCUGGCGCAACGUGCUGGGCGAGCAGCUCUUCGAGGACAAGAGCCACCACGCCAGCCCCAAGACAGCCUUCACCGCCGAGGUCCUGGCGCAGUCCUUCUCCGGCGAGGUGCAGAAGCUGUCCAGCCUGGUGCUGCCGGCGGAGGUGAUCAUCGCGCAGAGUUCCAUCCCCGGCGAGGGCCUCGGCAUCUUCUCCAAGACGUGGAUCAAGGCCGGCACCGAGAUGGGCCCCUUCACUGGCCGGGUCAUCGCCCCGGAGCACGUGGACAUCUGCAAGAACAACAACCUCAUGUGGGAGGUGUUCAACGAGGAUGGCACGGUGCGGUACUUCAUCGACGCGAGCCAGGAGGACCACCGCAGCUGGAUGACCUACAUCAGGUGUGCCCGCAAUGAGCAGGAGCAGAACCUGGAGGUGGUCCAGAUCGGUACCAGCGUCUUCUACAAGGCCAUCGAGAUGAUCCCUCCUGACCAGGAGCUGCUGGUGUGGUAUGGAAACUCACACAACACCUUCCUGGGGAUCCCUGGUGUGCCCGGGCUAGAGGAGGAGCAGAAAAAGAACAAACAUGAGGACUUCCACCCGGCGGACUCGGCGGCGGGCACCGCGGGCCGCAUGCGCUGCGUCAUCUGCCACCGCGGCUUCAACUCGCGCAGCAACCUGCGCUCGCACAUGCGCAUCCACACGCUGGACAAGCCCUUCGUGUGCCGCUUCUGCAACCGCCCCAUGAGUUGCGGAGCAGUCUUCGCCAUGGCGGCUGACCCUAGAAGCCACGCUCAGGACCAGUAG